AUGUCGUCGGGCUGGUGCUGCGGGGAUGAGCCGGUGGAGCGGGGCCACAUCCCCCUGGACAUCGACAACGUCCACAUGCUGCUGCAGGGUCAGUGCCGAGCCGUGUGGUUCUCAAAUAGCUGCUUCCUCUGCUUGGAACAGGAACAGAUCCAGAAGAAGACCUUCACCAACUGGGUCAACGCUCAGCUGGCAAAGCGGCGGCCCCCCUCCGCGGUCCUGGACCUCUUCAGCGACUUCCGCGACGGAUCCAAACUGCUGGACCUGCUGGAGGUGAUGAGCGGCGAGCGCAUCAGUCGGGAGAAAGGCCGCGGGAUGUUCCAGCACAGGAGCAACAUCGAGAAAGCUCUUUCCUUCCUGAAGAAGAAGUCGAUCAAACUGGUCAACAUGAACAUUCCUGACGUCAUGGACGGGAGGCCGUCCAUCAUCCUGGGCCUCGUGUGGACGAUCAUCAUGCAGUACCACAUCGAGGAGCUAGCCAGCGGCCUCUCCUUCAGUUCCCGCCAGUCCUCCAUGGAGUCCCUGGCCAGCCUGGACUCGCGCUCCACGCUGUCGGGCCGCUCCGGCGCCAGCAGCCCGGUUCCACCCAGAGGAGCGCCGCUGCACACCCGCUUCAGGGUGUCCGCCAAGAAGGCCCUGCUGCUCUGGGUCCGGGAGCAGUGCCACAAAGCCGGCUGCCCAAUCAACGUGAAGGAUUUCAAGGCCAGCUGGAGGAGCGGCGUGGUCUUCCUGGCCAUCCAGUACGCCCUGCGGCCCGACCUGGUGGACCUGUCCAAGGCCAGGACCCGGAGCAACAGGCAGAACCUGGAGGAGGCCUUCAGUACCGCGGAGAGGGAGCUGAGGAUCCCCAGACUGCUGGACCCUGAUGAUGUGGACGUCCGGGACCCCGACGAGAAGUCCAUUAUGACCUACGUGGCCCAGUUCCUGCAGUACUCCAAAGACCUGCCGGUGCCAGAGGAGGACAUGCAGACACAAUACCUGACUCUUCCUAAAAGUCACUCUCCUGUCCACCUGCCCGUUCACUACACUCCCGCCAUUUCUGCUUCGCCUCUGCGACAGGCGACGCCGGCCCGGAAGGCCCAGGAAGUGACCUGCUGGCUGGCUCAGGCCUACGCGGAGCUGCUGGAGGGCUGGGACUCCACCGAGGGAGAGAGCUACUCCGAGAGAUACCACGUAUUUCAGACCUUCCUGGUGUCCUUCAACGAGCAGCGGCGUCACAUCAUGCCGCUGUUGACGGCGAUGAGACGAGCGGCGAAGCCGAGCGAGGAGCAGCGAGCUCUCAGGGAGGCGUGGGACUCGCUGGCUGUGAAGCUCCAUGAGUACAAGCAGGAGCUGGACUCGGGUCUCCCGCCCCCGUUGGACUCGGUGGCUCGCUGGCUGCUGAAGACGGAGAAGGCUCUCGGCGAGGAGGACGGCGACCCGCAGGAUCACGGCCGCGCUGCCGCCGCCGCCCGGGAGAAACAGGAGCUCCUCAAAGUCUGCCUGGAGGAGAUGCCGCAGCAGCUGAAAACCUUCCAGUCCUUCCAGAACCUGGAUGAGUGUGGAAACCUGAUGGUGCCCGCCGACAAGAUGGACGAACUGAAGAGGAGGUUCACCAGCGUGAGGGUGACGGCUAAGUACCACGGGAUCAAGCUGGAGUUCUGGGAGCAGCGCCACUCCGUCCUGGACCUGUUGGGCCAGAUGAGGACCAAGCUGCGGGUCUGGAAGAGACCUUUCGUCUCCCCGGAGGCCGUCAGGGUGCUGCUGCAAGAGUGGCAUGACCUCGUGAACACACAGGAUCUUCCUUCUCUGCUGGAAGCGUCUCUCCACAAGCUGAAGCAGGUCUCUGAGAAAUACUUGAGCAAGUCCGCCCUCGCCGCAGACUUCCAGCACAUCAGCCAGCAGGCGAAGCAGCUGGAGGACGACAGCACCGAGGUUCUGGAGGGCGUGACCGCGGCCAAGAGCGCCAUGGGCCGCGUGCUGUCUGCCUGGGACUCGUACAGCGACGGCCUCAGCUCCCUGCAGGCGUGGCUGGAGCAGAGCCAAGGCCACAAGGUGACUAAAGGAGACGAUGCAUUGUUCCGGUACAGCUGGCUCGUGGCUCCUCCACAGCUGCUCUGCGUCUGUGGAAAUAACAGUGCAGACGUCUUCAAAGAAAUGAAGAAAUGUAUAUAAAAUG